AUGUCCGCCCAAUACUAUCCUCGCCAUGCCCAGCAGAACUACCCUCCGCCGCCGCAAUCGCCCCCCGCGCACCAGACCAAGUUCUCGUAUCCUGCUCCUCCCUCACAACCUCAGCGCGGCCACAGUGGAAGCUACCCUCCGCCGCCGCAGCCCUCGCCGGGGCAGUCGCAGAACUAUCCCCCUCCUCCCAUAACCUCGCCGACCUCCCAGAACUUCCCUCCUCCCAAGUCGAGCACGCCUCAGAACUACCCACCUCCUCCCCAAGCUUCGGCAGCACAGAACGCGAACUACCCCCCUCCUCCACAGGCAUCUCCGAGCCAGGGGCGAAGCUAUCCGCCACCUCCCCAGGGAACAUCGUCGCCCGCCCAGGGUCAACCGCAAUACCCGCCGCCUCCUGGUCUUGCGCAGCAGCAAGCACAACAGCAGCAGCAAGUGCAGCAACAGCCGUCACCCCAACCGUCCCCUCCGCACUCGCAGCAGUUUCAUCAGACGCAGCUUCCGGUGAGGAAUUCAGGGUCCCAUGAGGCGGGUUCGCAAUUCUCUACGCCUCCCCCCUCCUUCGACGGUCCCCCAGAUGCUGCGGCCCUUCCAGAGAAGCAAUACGUAGAGGAGGCCCCGGUCGACACCAGCAACCCCGCUAAUCUCCAGGGAGGAGCUCCGGCCGCCACACAUUUCCUGGGAGCGACUGCGACCGUCGAUGAUGUUGGCACAUUCAACGGAGGCAGCUACCGCAUCAGCCACAGAGACAGCAACACCAUCCUGACCAUUCAGCUUGCCGUGGGCUGCCCGCUGACGGCGAAGCCUGGCGUCAUGGUGGCCAUGUCGCACUCGAUCACGCUGAGGGGCCAGAUCAAGUUCAGCAUGAAGAAGCUCGUUGCCGGAGCGGAACUCGCCAGCUCGACCUUUGUCGGGCCUGGCGAGCUUCUCUUGGCCCCGCCCAUGCUCGGCGACAUCACCAGUCUGCGCCUGACCGGCAAGGAGACGUGGUCGGUCGGCCAGGACGCCUAUGUCGCGUCAACGCAAGGUGUUAUCAAGGACUACAAGCGCCAGGGCCUCAGCAAGGCUAUCUUCAGUGGCGAGGGCCUGUAUGUGUACAAGAUCAGCGGUACCGGUCUGCUCUGGCUGACCAGCUUUGGUGCCAUCAUCCGCAAGGAUCUUAUGGAGGGCGAGAAGUAUGUUGUCGACAACGGCCAUCUCGUAGCAUGGAACGUCAAGUACAUCAUGGAGCGGGUUGCUUCUGGUGGCAUCAUCUCUGGUAUCUCAUCUGGCGAGGGCUUGGUUUGCAAGUUCACCGGCCCAGGUACCGUCUUCAUGCAGACGAGGAACGCUGUGAGUAUCCUCUUUGCCAGUUUUUGA